CAACUGGAAGAAGAAUACCCUUACAUGAUUGGAAAUCUAUAAAAGGACAAAUUAAAAACAAAAGAAGCUUUAACAAGGGAUUAAAUAUAAAUUAUAAUCUAACAGCAACAAAACCUAAACAAGGCAACUUCAUUGCAAUGUAUACAACCCAAAACCCUCAGAAUCCAUCAAAUCAAUAUUUAUGGAUAUUAUUUAUACACAAUAGAUAUAUCAGUGCAGAAGCACAAGCAGAUGUUCAAUACUACAAAAUAAGAGAAGAAGCAGCAAUCAACCAAUUCUUUGAAGUAGGAGGUUGGACAGACCUAAAAGAAAAACUACCUAAAGGGAGACACCCAAGAGAAAAUUACUUCUUCCAACUACAAUUUACAGAAGUACCAAUAUUAUUCGAAACAGCUUUUGAAGCAUUAGAAUGA